AUGUAUGAAAAUAUUGGUAAUUUAUCAAAAGUAAAAUCAUUUAUUAUAAAUACAUCGGAUUGGUUACUUGAUAAAAUUAUUAUAUUAAUUAAAGAAGAGAUGCCUUCAGUUAAUUAUCUUCGUUUAAAUUGUAUUCAAUCUAAUAUAAAAUAUAAAUAUUUUUCUCGUAUUUCAUUACCACAAAUGCGAACAUUAUUAUCUUUACCUCAAUCAGAGAUGGACGAGCCGCGUUUUCUACAGGUGACAUCGGAAUUACCAAUUAUACUUUCAUAUUUGCGAAAUAAUAUUGUUCCUAUACAAUCGAAUAUUUUUUGUGAGCUUUGGGCAUGUCAAGAUUAUUCAUUUAAUGUGAUGAUUUUAAUGUUAAUGGGUUUCACUGCAAUAGAACGUUAUUUACUUAUAUUUCACAAUCAAUUUCUUCAGCAACAUUUAAUUAUUCUUCAUUAUAUGCCAAUGAUUGUUUGCAUUAUUUAUCCAAUAGGACUCUAUAUUUAUUUAAUUUUUUUCUAUCCUUGUAUUAAUCAAUUUACUUAUACUAUGAUUACAUGUGGUGGACCUUGUUAUUUCUAUGAAACAACAAUUAGUAUUGUCGAUAUAUUUAUUAAUCUUGUUUUUCCUGUUGCAGUUAGUAGUCUUGCUAGUCUUGCACUAUUAACUCGUGUUUUAUGCCAAAAACGUCGCAUGCAACAACGUCAAAUGUGGAAAAAAAAUCGACGUCUUCUCAUACAAUUAUUAUAUAUUGUAAUAUUGUACAAUCUUCUCUGGCUGCCUAUGAUAAUUUGUUCAUCAAUUAUGCUUUUUUCUCCAGUUCCACAAUCUUUAUUGGUUGAAUUGAGUGUCAAUAUUUUACCAUAUGGUAUCUACAUUGUCAUCUUGUUGUGUCCUUUUGUUUCAUUAAUGAGUUUACCUGAACUAUGGUCUCAACGCAAUCCAAGGAUUCGUCCAUUAGCAAAAGCUGACAAUGCAUUACAACUUAUCGCACCAUAG